AUGGCUGGACUAGGAAGAAUGAUGCAAGGGUCUUAUCCAAUCUUUGAUGGAAAAAGUUUUGAUGAAUGGAAUAUCAAGAUGAAUGCCAUUUUCGGCUUCCAAGAUGUUGCAGAUUUGUGUGUUGGACUGAGAGUGUUUCACAAAAUUUCAAAGGCACAAACAACAAAGGAGAUAUGGAAAAUUUUGUUGAAAAUGUAUGGAGAUGGAGACAAAAACAAGAAAGUAAAGUUGCACACAUUAAGGAGGCAGUUUGAAUGUUUAGCUAUGGAGGAGAGUGAUAACAUGGUUGAUUAUUUCGAUAAGGUUUGCAAUAGAAGAGACGCACGACUUGGAAAAUAUGGAGGUAGAAGAGCUGCAACAUUUGUUGGAGGCUCAUGCCAUAGAGUGAAUGAACGCAUGCAAUAUCAAGAUCAAGUAUUGCAAGUCAGAUCCCAGUUUCAUGGAAAGGGAAAAGGGUCUAAGAAGUUUGGCAAAAAGAAGCACAAGGAGGAUCAAGAACAUCAAGAGAAGGACUUCAAUGACUUUGAGAACCGAAAAAGUCACAAGUGA